AUGGACGAUUAUUUGGGCGGUUCGGAUACUAAAGAUAAUGCGUUAAAGUUACGUCAUUCUUUAAUGGAAGUUAUGGUACGCGKUGGUUUUCCGUUAAGAAAAUGGAUGUCAAAUAGCCGCGAACUACUUAACGACAUGCCAGAUAUAGGAAAUAAAUCAAUGACCAUAAUGGAACUUGAAAAUAAAAUGACCAACAUUUUAGGUUUAUUAUGGUGUCCAGAACGCGACGUUUUUAAAUACAAAAUUGAAACCAUUAAGCUAAACGAUCUACCAGUUACAAAAAGAAAUAUAUUAUCACAAAUCGCUUCGUUGUUUGACCCACUAAGUCUCGUUGGUCCAAUAAUAGUUGAUAGAGUAAAUUCAUCUAAAUGUUUCUCUAUAUUGGCUGACGAAACUACAGAUGUAGCCACUAAUGAACAACUACCUUUAAGUGCACAGUAUGUGGAUGAUAAUGAUAUUUUGCACGAAGAUUUUCUUCAAUUUUUUGAAAUAAACAGUUUGACUGGUUCAAGUUUAGCUUCAUCUAUAUUGAAUGGUUUAAAUAGCUGUGGUAUUGAGUGUGACUACUUGUAUGGCCAAGGCUACGAUGGAGCCAGUAAUAUGGCAGGGAAAUUUAAUGGGGUCCAAGCUGUGAUUAGAGCUACACAUACAAAAGCACAUUACGUGCAUUGUGCAGCACAUUCAUUUAAUUUAGCCGUAUGUACAUCAAGUAACAUACAAUCUGUUAGAAAUUGCUUAGAAAUAGUUGAGCGACUUUAUGUGUUUUUUAACACACCUAAAAGGAAAAAUGCAUUGAUCAAUGAAAUUGAAAAAAGCGACUCCAUACCUAAUUCAAAUGCUAGGACCCUUAAAAGACAAUGCGCAACAAGAUGGGUUCAAAAAUAUGAGUCUGUUAACUUCGUAAACUUAAUUAGCGGACUGUAUAAGAUUUAUUUUAUUUAA